AGCAGCAGCGAGAUGGCUGCCAGGAAGGGCGUCGCGAGGAAGAAGGCAGUGACCCGCUCCGUCAAGGCUGGGCUCCAGUUCCCCGUCGGCCGCAUCGGGCGCUACCUCAAGAAGGGCCGCUACGCGCAGCGCGUCGGCUCCGGCGCCCCCGUCUACCUCGCUGCCGUCCUGGAGUACCUCGCCGCCGAGGUCCUGGAGCUCGCCGGCGACGCGGCCAAGGAAAGCAAGAAGGCCCGCAUCAUCCUGCGCCACCUGAUGAUCGCUGUCCAGGGCGACCCGGAGCUCAGCCGGCUGCUCGCCGGCGUCACCAUCGCCCACGGCGGCGUGGUGCCCUACAUCAACUCCGCGCUGCUCCCCAAGAAGAAGGCCGCCGGCGCCGCAGAGAAGUUCCCCAAGAAGACGGCCGCCGCUACCAAGUCCCCCAAGAAGACGGCCGCCGCUACCAAGUCCCCCAAGAAGAAGGCUGCAGCCACAAAUUAAGGAGUAGCCGUCUGCAAUUGAUCUUGUGAAUGCUUGCCACCUGCUUUUGGUUCCGAACAUUUGUCAUCUCUAUGAACUUCUCUCUUCCAUCAUCCGAAAAUCCCCCCGCUCUUUGCUCA